GCAAACACGCAGUCUCACAGUUUACAAGCCUCCAUAGCUCCUUAGAGUUUUCUUCCUUAAACCUUUCACUCCCAUAGAGAAAGAGGUUAAAGAGACAGUGCCGCCCUGCUGUCCGCCUUGACCUAGCUUUGCUAAGUCUUGGCCCUCGUUUUUGUUUCACAUACACAAAACAGUUUUCCUCUCUUUCUCUAUCUCCGAAACCCAUAUCGUGAAAAUGGUGACGAAGUCCUCCAAGGCCGAGAAGAAGAUCGCUUACGAUGCCAAGCUAUGCCGACUCCUUGACGAGUACAGCCAGGUCCUGGUUGUGGCCGCCGACAACGUCGGUUCUAACCAGCUCCAGAACAUCAGGCAAGGUCUCCGUGGCGACUCCAUUGUGCUUAUGGGAAAGAACACCAUGAUGAAGCGUUCUAUCAGAAUUCAUUCCGAGAACACCGGCAACCAGACCUUCCUUAAUCUCAUCCCCCUUCUCGUGGGAAAUGUGGGUCUUAUCUUCACAAAGGGUGAUUUGAAGGAAGUCAGUGAAGAGGUUGCCAAGUACAAGGUUGGAGCACCUGCUCGUGUUGGUUUGAUUGCCCCAAUUGAUGUUGUUGUUCCUCCUGGCAACACUGGGCUCGACCCAUCUCAGACCUCUUUCUUCCAGGUUCUUAACAUUCCCACCAAAAUUAACAAGGGUACUGUUGAAAUUAUCACCCCAGUGGAGCUCAUUAGGAAGGGUGACAAGGUUGGCUCUUCUGAGGCUGCUCUCCUUGCUAAGCUUGGAAUUAGGCCCUUUUCAUAUGGUCUUGUUGUCCUGUCUGUGUAUGACAACGGUUCCGUCUUUAGCCCAGAGGUGCUUGAUCUGACUGAAGAUGACCUUGUCGUGAAGUUUGCUACUGGUGUCUCCAUGGUUACCUCAUUAGCAUUAGCCAUUUCAUUUCCAACCCUAGCUGCUGCUCCUCACAUGUUUAUCAAUGCUUACAAGAAUGUGCUGGCUAUCGCACUUGCCACUGAGUAUUCCUUCCCACAAGCAGAUGAAGUUAAGGAGUAUCUAAAGGAUCCUAGCAAGUUCGCUGUUGCUGCUGCACCAGCUGCUGCUGCUGCUAGUGGUUCUGCCCCUGCUCCUGCCAAGGAGGAAGAAAAGAAGGAAGAACCAGCUGAAGAAUCAGAUGACGACAUGGGUUUCAGUUUAUUUGACUAAGUUUCAUGGUGUUGAUUACUAUUUAGGAUGGUUUAUGUUGGCAGUGACCUGUAGAUUUCUGCCUGCGGUUUUUAGCAUUUUUGUUUGCGUUAUGUUUGGAGAAUUCUAUGUUUUUUUAAUAUGAUGGAUUUUGUAGGCUGUCGAAAUAUUCUCGCAAUUAUCCCUGUUACCCUUUUUAUUUUUUCAACAUCAACAACUGGAUUUUAUUAUA